GGCGCUCAGUCACAUCUUCAUCUUCAUCGUUUACUGUCGAGUUUCAGCGCAGGUGAGCUCACCUGUCAGUCAAAGCAUCAUCGUGACGAAGACUCCGACAGUGAAAAGUUCUUCAUCCCGUCACAUGAACUCUUUCCUCUGUGAGAACUUGGAUCUGACCCUCAGCUUCACGUUGCCCCCACACUGCCUCAGCCGUGGAGAUGCCUUUUGUCGAGCACGUAUCGGACUCGGACUUGGAGCGUUUGGCUCUGGAGCGGGUCGUCCCGGCCCUGCUGGCUCACGGCUUCUACUAUGUGGACGGUCUCCUCGGGGAGUUGGCCGGGGACGCCGUGCUGGACCAGGUGAAGGACAUGCACCGCUCCGGAGCGCUGCAGGACGGCCAGCUGGCGGGCUCCGCCCCGGGGAUCCACCGCAGGAGCAUCCGCGGGGAUAAGAUCGCCUGGGUGAGCGGCUCGGAGCGCGGCUGCGAGGCCAUCAGCUACCUGCUCAACCUGAUCGAUAGGCUGGUCUCCGUGUGCGCCAGCCGGCUCGGGGGCAAGGCGAUCCGGGAGAGGUCCCAGGCCAUGGUGGCGUGUUACCCAGGAAACGGGGCCGGUUAUGUCAAACACGUGGACAACCCAAACGGCGAUGGACGCUGCAUCACCUGCAUCUAUUACCUCAACAAGAACUGGAACUCGAAGGAGCACGGCGGCACCCUCAGGAUCUUUCCAGAGGGGAAACCCUUCAUGGUCGACAUCAAGCCGCUGUUCGACAGGCUGCUCUUCUUCUGGUCCGACCGCAGGAACCCACAUGAGGUGCAGCCGUCCUACUCCACCAGGUACGCCAUCACGGUUUGGUAUUUCGACUCUGAGGAGAGAGCCGAGGCCAAGAGACGCUUCAGAGACCUGACAGCUCAGCAGCAGGGCAGCAGCUCCAGCUGAUGGUGGUGAAACGGCGCCGCCUGGUGUUCGACACCCUGAACUGCAGGGGAGGCCGACAGGAUCCCUCCCGACUCUCAAAGCUUCUGGAAAAGCUGAAAGAAAAAGAAAAAAAAAAAGAAUUUUCUCAGCGUCCUGGACUCCGGAGGAAUUGAGGGGGGGUUGGCGCUCCGGCGUCCGAGCUGGAAACAACAACCCGCCCAUGCUGCGACCUGACGCUGCGUUCAGGUGACCUGCCGCCGCUCUGGACUUUUCCUACUUUACGUGACGUUCGUGCAAUAGUCUCUCGUGCUGGGAGCCCUGCUGAGACGGAGGAAACUGCACCUCUAAGCUUCGCCUUCAGCUCGCUUCAAACAAGAGGACAGAUGGGAAAAAAGUCUUUGACGUUUACAGAGAUGAUGCUGAAAAACCUGUUGGACAGAAAGCCUUCAUACUUUAACAUGUUCUUUGUAAGACACGCAGGAGAGUGCUCUGUUCAAUAAUUAUAAUAAUAAUACUAGCCUGCAUUUAUACAGAACCUUCCAGGGAACACAAGGACUCUUUACACGUGUGGAGGGAGACCAAACAAACAGAAAGUAACUGCUGAUGAAGUUUAGUUGUUUAGAUUACAGAGAUUACGCUGACUUCCUGUCUCCUUCUACACUUCCUGUAUGCUACUUGUUGCAUUGCAUCUUGGGAGUCCUUUGUACUGCUCUGUUGGUGAACGGCUGAG